AUGCUUGCUCGUAGAAGCAUUCGAGCGAGUCGGCAUCCUCAGACUUCGAAUUCGCCCGGUACCUCGGAGAGCUCUUGCAUUUUUUGUGUAGGUUCCCCCUCCUCCCGUGCCCCGAGGAAGCCCAUAUCUCACCUGUGCUCCAAUCUCUCCUGCCUAAAUGCCCCUCAAUCAUGCCUUCCCAAAAAAUCCUCCAAUUCGCGGUCCUCCUCACCUGCGGCGUUUCGCUUGGCUUCUCCGUUCACCGCCACGUCUCUCCAUUCCAUCUCGUGUAUCUCCUCCACCACUUCCCGCACCAACGCCGCCCUAAACUACUCUUCGGUGGCCACCACUCGGGGAAAAUCGGGCCGACAUUCCUCGACCAUCUGUACUCCGCCCUCCUCUCCUCCGCCCCCCGGACCAUGGACUUCCACAUCGGUUCUGGAGGAUCUGCGCUACCAAUCAACCAACCCGGUGACACCGAUUCUGCCCACCCGACAACCAGCCGCAUCAACCACUCCUCUGCCUUUUCUUGAUGUUUCACCCACCCUCCAUUCUUCACAAUCACAUCCCACUCACUCGGUCUUUCGACUCUCUGAUAAACCAAAACUCACCAACCAACGCCACUCGUACUCCUCCGUGAAAACUGAAUAUCACACGACGGAAACUCCGCUUCUGGAACCGCUUCAUCCUUUGCCCGCAUUGAGAACCCCCCCUGUCCGCAAGGUUACUUCCAACACGACACUUUCCAGCAUUUUUAUGCCUACAUCUGACUCUCUCUUCCUAAACACAAACACACAAAUUGUCACAAACUGCGACACUGCAAACGUUGACACUACAAACUCUAUAACAUUCGCUACAUUUAAUCUCGAUGCCACACCAAAAACCUCCCUGAACUCGUUCGCUUGUGAAUCCAUUCCCCAAAGGCCAGCUGCCGUGUUUAAAACCGUUUCGACCCAAAUUUCCAACAAACACAAAACAUUAACCUACCGCUUUGAUCAUCCAUAUACACUUUCUCCAUAUGCUUCCACCUCCUCCAUAAUUGAUACCGAUCCCUCCCACUCUAAGCUUAGCACGUGUGAAUCACAAUGCCUUUCAACCAAUACGCAUUUACACCCACCAACUUCUGUUUCACCCACAUCCUACUCGCCUGUCUCCGACAUGAAUACUAACAACGAAAAUAAUGAAAUCGCCAUGUUGCUAAACUCCCUAUUCCCAACAUCUACCUUGAAUCCAUCUACAUGCAACUCUUCUGCCUCUUCCUACUCUUCUUCCUUCUACGCCUCCGGAUUAUCUCCACAACAU